UAAAGUAUCUCUUCUAGCGAAUUCCUUGAGACUUGAACAUGACUUAUUGUAUGGGCCCAUUCUAGGUAACGAAGAUCUGAUCUUGUUACAGUCACAAUCGAACAUUUCAUUUCUCAUAACCCUGGCCUUGAAAAAGAAUUUCAGUUUAGCCCUGGAUCUGAUGAGGAUGAGCUGCAAUGGCUGCCGAGUCCUGCGAAAAGGCUGCAGUGAGUCGUGCGUUCUGAGGCCAUGCCUUGAAUGGAUAAAGACUGAAGAAUCUCAGGGAAAUGCAGUUGUUUUCCUGGCCAAAUUCUAUGGCCGCACAGGCCUCAUCACUCUCAUUGCCAACGCCCCUCCACACUCCAGGCCCGCUUUAUUCAGGUCUCUACUGUACGAAGCCUGUGGGAGGCAGCUGAAUCCGGUCUACGGAUCAGUUGGUCUGCUGAGCUCUGGCAAUUGGGCGCUAUGUGAGGCGGGAGUGGAGUGUAUUCUUGAGGGAUCGGACCUCAUUCAUAACUCAAAUCUAUGCGACCAUCCAAAUGGUGCCCUCAUGCAAAGCAUAUCAGGGGAGUUGCAGAGAGUGAAGGACAGAGGCAAAUUCAAGUGGGUUCAUCCUCACACUAACCUCAAAUUCAGAGAACGUCGUGAAUUCAUUAACGAUAUUAUUGAGAUUUCAAGUGGUGAAACCCAAGGCAGGGGUUUUGAUAUAAGAAAAACCAGCCAGGAUAAUUCUAUGAUCUGGAGAACAGAUGUGUAUAGCAGUGCCAAAGAGAAAUGCGCAUCCUCAUGUGUUGAUUCACAACACCCAGAUGAUUUGGAGGAGUAUAAUUUUUUUCACACCCCUAACGCUCAAGUUGAAGCUACAAAAAGUAGUGAGGUGGAGGUGGAACUGGAACUCACACUGGGUGCUCUAAAAAGCUCUUCCCCUCCCAACACCAAUAUUGCCUCUUGUACUGUAAGACUAUCCUAAAUCGGAAUACAUGAGUACUGUGGGAAAGUACCGUAUGAGUUAAGAAAUAGUACUUAAAAAUAUUUAUGGUUUUUGAAUGCAGAUUAUAAAAGAAAAGUGUUUUUGUUA